AUGUUAUUUUAUAAAAAGUAUUGUAAUUCAACUCCAGAAGUAACUAGUGGAUGGUACAAGAAAGAAAAAUAUACUUCAAAGGAAUUUAUGGUUGUGUCUGCACAUCCUCUGGCGACAAAGGCAGGCUAUGAUAUUAUUAAUAUUGGAGGAAAUGCAAUCGAUUCUAUGAUAGCUGUACAAUUGGUUCUUAAUUUGGUGGAACCACAAUCAUCUGGAAUAGGUGGUGGCUCUUAUCUUAUAUAUUUCGAUAAAAAGAACGAUAAGUUACUUUCUUUCGAUGGAAGAGAGACUGCUCCAAGUGGGGUGACCGAAAAGUUAUUUUUCAAUCAAACUACAAAUCAACCAAAAACAUUUAUUGAGGCAUUGGUUGGUGGUAGUUCCGUUGGUGUACCGGGUACUUUAAAGCUUAUGGAACAUGUACAUUCACAAUUUGGAAAGCUUCCAUGGAAACAAUUAUUUCAACCGGCAAUCAAAUUGUGUAUAGAUGGUUUUCCAAUUGGCAAUCGAUUGGCAACAAUGCUGGCAAUGGAGAAAUAUAAACCUUUUUUACUGAAGGAUCCUGAAUCGAGAAAGUUCUUUUAUAAUUCAGAUCUAACACCAAAGAAAGAGGGGCAAAUUCUAAAGAAUGUAAAACUUGCCAAAGUUUUUCAGAGAAUAUCUCUGUUGGGUAGUGAUGCAGGUUUUUACAAUGGAGAAAUAGCCAGUAAGAUAGUUGCAAAAGUAAAGAACCAUCCUACCAAUCCUGGAUUUCUAGAGAUGGAAGAUCUAAGAAAGUACCAAAUUAAAUCCACAACACCCAUUUGUCAUGAUUACCAAAAGAAUACUGUUUGUACAACUAGACCGAGUGGUAUUAUAUUGCUACAGAUAUUGGGAAUUUUAGAUUCUUUACCAAACAAGUAUAGAAUAGAAAACCUUCCUCCAACACUUGAAAAUAUUGAUAAUUUCGGUAAAUAUUACCAGCCAACUACCAAAGCACUACAUAUUUUCAGUGAAGCCAGUAAACUUGCUUUUGCCGAUAGAAAUAGAUACCUUGCCGAUUUAGAUUUGAAUUGGGAUCUAUUUUUGGAAAAGAAAUAUCUAAAGGAAAGAUCGGCGUUGAUAACAGAGAAGAGCUUGGGACAAGCAGUGGCAGGUAAAUUCACCAGAGAACAACUAUUGGGAAAUAGCUUCAAAGAGGGUCAUUCACAUGAAUUUCCAUGUACUUCUCACAUUUCAAUUGUUGAUAAAGAAGGAAAUUCUGUAUCAAUGACAACCUCUAUUGAAAAUGGAUUUGGAUCGACAUUAAUGGUCGAAGGAUUUCUCUUGAAUAACCAGUUGACAGACUUUUCAUUUGAUCCCUAUGAUGUCAAAGACCAAUGCUCCGUUGCCAACAAGGUCAGUCCCAACAAACGACCUAGAUCUUCUAUGUCUCCAACUCUAGUUUUUAAAAAACACGAAGAUACUAGUAAUCGUGGUAAAAGAAGUCUAUUAAUGUCUAUUGGUUCUGCAGGCGGACCAACCAUUCCGUUGACAAUUGCGAAAUCAAUAGUUGCAUCAAUGAAUUGGGGUAUCACUCUUCAAGAUUCUUUCAAUAUGCUUAACUUUGGUUCGAUUAACCAGAAUGCACAAAUUUUGAUCGAACUUGGAAGAAUCAACAAAACCAAUAUUGAUAUUUUGAAAAAUCAAUACGGUCAUGAGAACAUUAAUUACCUUGAACUUUCAACAGGUUUACAAGGAAUAAUGUAUGACGAUAAAGAAAAAUGUUGGGUGGGUGCAUCUGAUCCUCGUAAAGAAGGUAUUGCAAUGGUUGGAUGUUGUUAA